AUGUGUAAUAAAGCGAAAAAGAUUGCGGAGUUAUUUACGAAAACUGUUGCAACUACAAAAUGUUUCGAUCAAAAUCUUUGUAAGGUAAAAGUAGUUAGCUGCACAAAUGGCAGAAUGCUAACAGAAUUCCAAGUGGGACCAGAGCAUCUUAACCAGAGAGGAACAUUGCAUGGGGGUUUUAUUGCUCACUUAGUAGAAGCUGUAUCUACUUAUGCUCUUACAGCAAAUGACUAUGUGGAAACUCGAGGAGUCUCUAUAGAUCUCAGUGUUAGUUAUCUAAAUGCAGCAAAAGAAGGAGAUAAUGUUGAAGUAGAAGCAACAACUAGGAAAGUAGGCAAGAAAAUAGCAUUCCUAGAAGUUGAAGUACGCAAUAAGGAUAAUAAACAGGUGCUGGCCACAGGUAGACACACAAAGUAUAUAGGGGUGUAA